AUGGCACCUCAUGCGUUAACUGUUGACAGUAAAGGUAGUUCAUCAUCUGCUAGUUUCAACGAACAACAGCAAUUCCUUGAUGAACAUCUUUCUAAUCCAUUUGGUUCAACUGCUCAUCCUGAAUUAAUCAAAGGUACGAUCUAUACCUCCCCUUUAACUAUUGUUAAUCAAACUAUUUAUUCAAUCUCUUCCAAGAUCUUCAGUUAUAGUAGUGUUGGAAUUGAUAAUUUAUUAGAUUCAAAUAUCGAUAAUUGGAAUAAUACCUUUGAUAGAGUUAAUUCAUUUGGUAUUAAACCAUUUUAUAAUAAAUUCGAAGUUAGAUCAGGUGCUUCCAAUGCUAUCUUAGGUUAUUUUAAAAAGAAUGGUACUAAUGGUCAACCAUUAUCAAUAAUUAGUGGCUCAAAUGCCUUAACUUAUAUGAGACCAACCUUAUCCUCUUCAACCAAUACUUCUGGUGAUUCUCCUUCUUUACCAUUAGCUUUCAAUGUUAGUGCUAUUGAUUUUGAUUUUAAUUCUGAUUCUUUGGUUUCAAAUUAUUCUGCUCCAUUAAAUAUUGCUAGAUCAUUAGGUUAUUCAAUUUUCACUCCUUUAGAUUUCAAUAAUGGAGUUGAAAUUCAACAUACUACUUUAUUGAAUCAUUAUUUAGUAUCUUUAAUUGGUCAACCAUCUUUAAACUUAUUCGAUGGUCCAAAUUUCAUUAAAUACUAUAGUAAAUUUUCAAAUUUAUUAAGUGUUGAAGAAUUAGGUACUUUAUAUCAAAGUUUAUUAAAUAAAUCUGAUCAAAUCCCAACUAAUUUAGAUGAAGCUAUUGAUAUUGCUUUCCAAAAUUUAAAUGCUUUAACUGGUGAAAACUAUUCUCAAUUCGAAUAUAUUGGUGAUGCUAAUGCUGAUACUGUUUUAAUUAGUUAUGGUACUUUUGAAACUACUCAAUUAUCCAACUUGAUUAAAAAAUCCGGUAUUAAAUCCAUUGGAUUAGUUAAAAUUAGAGUCCCUGUCCCAUUCAAUCAACAAAAAUUCAUUGCUACUUUACCUAAAUCCACUAAAAAAAUUAUCAUCUUAGAUCAAAAGGUUAAUGAUGAAAAUACUAAUGGUACAGGAUUAAUCAGUGAUAUUACUUCAACUUUAUUCUUAAAUGGUUUAUAUCAUAAUUUGAAGAUUGAAGAAUUCAAUUAUCCUUUGAAUUUCGAAUGGACUCCAAUCACUAUCAGUAAGAUUUUAGUUAAUUUCGUUGAUUCAUUAUCUGAAGAUGAUAUUUUAUCCUCAAGUAUUGAAACUAGAUUUGUUGAUGGUCCAUUAACUGCUAAUUCUUCUCCAGUUGGUAAAUACUUACUAUGGGGUAAAGAUAAUGGUAUUUUAGUUAAGACUGCUGAUAAAUUAGCUCUUUCUUUAUCAUUAGAUGAUUCUAAAGUCGUAUCCAUUAGAAAUAAAUUUGAUACUUCUUCUAAUGGAGGUAUUUUCCAAUCUCAAAUCAUUUCUUCUGAAAAUGCUAUUUCAGGAGGUGAAACUAUUGAUUCGGCUGAUUUAAUCAUUUUAGAAGAUUUAUCAAUUUUGAAUAGUUAUGAUGUAUUAGCUACUUCCAAACCAGAAUCAACUAUUUUAUUAAUUAAUUCCGUUGGAAAGAUUGAUGACGUCAAUGAAUUUGUCGAAAAGAAAUUACCAGUUGAUUUUAAAGUUUCUUUAGUUAAGAAUCAAAAUAAAUUAGUUAUUAUUGAUUUAACUAUCUUAAAGGAAUUAGAUGAAUUAAAUCAAUCCACUAAAGGGUUCUCUGAAGAAUUUUUAAUUCAAUUAGCAUUCUGGAGAUCAACUUUACCUGAUUUGAAAUCAUUCAUCGUUAAUAAAUUAUUACAAGCCAAUGGAAAUGGAUUUGAAUUAUUAGCUGUUGUCUUGGAUAAAUUUAUUCAAAUUAUUGAUGAAAACAAUGGUUUGAAAUCGAUUGAAGUCUCACCUGAAUGGGCUAGUUUAGAAGUUGCUCCAGUUGAUGAAGAAAAGAAAGAUCAAGAUGGUGAUGAAAUCCUUGAUGAAGACAUUGAAGAACCAGUUGUCUUACCAUUCUUCCCAGUUGAAACUUCAUUCUUCCCAAAUCCUCGUGAAGGUGUUGUUGAUUCUGAAAAUGUCGAAAAUAAUCUAAUUGGAUACAAGGAAUUAGCUACUAAAUUCACUUUUGCAGAAGCUUAUGGUGUGAAAAAAGAAUUAAGACCAGAUUUACCAGUUAAGAAUUUCGUGGUUAAAGUUCAAGAAAACAAACGUUUAACUCCUCAAGAAUAUUCUCGUAAUAUCUUCCAUAUUGAAUUCGAUAUUGGUGAUAGUGGAUUAACUUAUGAUAUUGGUGAAGCAUUAGGUAUUCAUGGUAGAAACAAUGAAGAAGAUGUUGAUCAAUUCUUGGAAUUCUAUAAUUUAGAUGGUGAUGCCUUAAUUGAAACUAAUAAUAAAGAUGAUGCCAAGAUUUUAGAAAUCAAAUCAGUCAAACAAAUCUUAUUAGAUAAUUUAGAUUUCUUAGGUAAACCAGGAAAGAAAUUUUAUGAAAGCUUGUCAUCAUUUGCUACUAAUGAAAAGGAAAAAGAACAUUUAUUAAAAUUAAGUAGUGCUGAAGGAUUAGAAGAAUUAAAGAAAAGACAAGAAGUUGAUUUUGAUACUUAUGUUGAUAUCUUAACCGAAUUCAAAUCUGCCCGUCCAUCCUUUGAAGAAUUAAUUAAAAUCAUUAAUCCAUUAAAGAGAAGAGAAUAUUCGAUUGCUUCAUCACAAAAGAUUCAUACCAGAGCCAUUCAUUUAUUAAUUGUUGUGGUUGAUUGGGUCGAUUCAAGAGGUAGAAUCAGAUAUGGUCAAUGUUCCAAAUAUCUUUCUGAUUUGAAAAUUGGUCAAGAAUUAGUGGUUAGUGUUAAACCAUCCGUUAUGAAAUUACCAAAAUUAACUACUCAACCAAUCAUUAUGAGUGGUUUAGGUACUGGUUUAGCUCCAUUCAAAGCUUUUAUUGAAGAAAAGAUUUGGCAAUUAGAACAAGGAUUUGAAAUUGGUGAAAUUUAUCUUUAUUUAGGUUCAAGACAUAAGAAAGAAGAAUAUCUUUAUGGAGAAUUAUGGGAAGCUUAUAAAGAAGCCGGAAUUUUAACUCAUAUUGGAGCUGCUUUCUCUAGAGAUCAACCUCAAAAGAUUUAUAUUCAAGAUAAGAUUAGAGAAAGUAUUGAAGAUUUAACUGAUGCUGUUUGUGCUAAACAAGGUUCAUUCUAUUUAUGUGGACCUACUUGGCCUGUUCCAGAUAUCACUGCUUGUUUAGAAGAUAUUAUUCGUAAUGGAGCUAAGAAGGAAGGUAAAGUAGUUAAAGAUGUUGCUAAGAUUGUUGAAGAUAUGAAGGAAGAAGGUAGAUAUAUUUUAGAAGUUUAUUAG